AAUUUGAGUUGAGAUCCUUGUCAUUCAAUUCAUUCAUUCUGCGUCUGCGCGGCGCAGCUCGCGAUUGUUGAUUGAUAUGCGGUCGCUCGCUAAUGGAAAAUGGAUUUUAAUUUCGUAAAAUAAUUCGCGAUAAGUGUGAAAAAAUAAUAUUUUCUUUUAUUGUAUGCAAUCAAGUAAUCUACUUAAUUUUCAUCCGGUUAGUGAAAUAAUUCACAAAUAUAUUUAUCCUGAGUCGAGGGUAUGGUUCGCCGUGUUCGUUCUAAACAAGGGUAGCAUUCUCCGGGAUAGAUUAUCGUUUCGAAAAUAAGUGAGUGGAGUGGUGCUGUCGGAUGUAGUUAGUAAUUUAUUUGGACAGAAAAGUAAUGAAUUGGAGAACAUAAGCACCGGAGCAGAGAUGAAAGCCGGUACAGGACUGGCGGCCGGCGCGCUGCUAGCCGUGCUUUGCACGGCGGCCGCCAACACCACCUUACCGUAUCCUGGCGUGCCCGGCGAAGCUGGCGCGCGCGCAUCGUGCGGCGCAGGGCAGUUCGCGUGCGCGGACGGGACGCGCUGCGUGCCCGCCGCCUGGCGCUGCGACGCGCGCCCGCACUGCGACGACGCCUCCGACGAGCUACACUGCACUUGGAACACGACAUGCCUGCCGUCCCAGUUUCGAUGCGCGCGCAGCGGACGCUGCAUCGCGGAGAGCUGGCGCUGCGACGGGGACGCAGACUGCGGCGCCGACGACUCCUCCGACGAGGAGCCCUACAUGUGUGAAAAGGGCUUCAAAUGCCCCGGCAACGAGGCCCGCUGCGCUACGCCCGUGGACCGGCAGUUCGUGUGCGUGCCCGUGGCCCAGUUCUGCGACGGCGAGCGGCACUGCCCCGACGGCAGCGACGAGUGGGACAUCUGCGACUCGAUUACUCGUGUCGCGGCGGUUGCAGAGCCGGCGACGUGCGAGACCCCGCAGCGAACGCGCGGCUGCGCGCUGGGCUGCCGGCCCACGCACGACGGGCUGCAGUGCUACUGCGCGCCCGGGUACCAGCCCGCCGGCGACGACGGACACUGCGUCGACAGAGAUGAAUGCGCGGAGCCGGAGUCCUGCUCACACGUGUGCGUCAACACGGUGGGGUCGUACCGCUGCGCGUGCGCACGCGGCUACCGGCUGCAGCCCGGCGGUCGCUGCGACCCCGUCAACGAGCCGGCGUCGGAGCCGCUGCGGCUGCUGGUGGUGACGCCGAGUGAGCUGCGCAUGGAGCCGCUGCCCGCGGACCCGGCUGGCCGCGCGGGGAACUCUCUCGCCGCGCUCAACGUCAGGGCUAUAGACAUCGACUUCUCUAACGGGACGCUGUGCUACGUGCACCACAACGUGACGCGCGCGACGCUGGCGUGCGCGCGCAGCGACCUCUCCCGCCGCUGGGAGCUGCCGCAGCCCGACCUCAUUCCCUCGCUCAACUCGAUAUCCCACCUCGCCAUCGACUGGCUUUCUGGAAACUUCUAUUUGGCUGACGAGGCGAGUUCGGCGCUGUACGUGUGCUCCCGCGACCUCGCGAGCUGCCGGCUGCUGUUCGCGGCCGGCGACAAACUGCAGGGCUUCGCGCUCGACCCCGCGGCAGGGUUCAUGUUCUGGUCGGUGUGGGGCGCGGCGCCGCCGGGCGUGCUGCGCGCGGCGCUGGAUGGCCAGCACGCGGCCGCGCUGGCGGCGCACAAGCUGGUGUAUCCCAGCGCGCUGACGCUAGAUCUGGCUGCGCGUCACGUGUACUGGGUCGACACCUACCUCGAGAGCGUCGAGCGCUGCGACUACGACGGCCUGCACCGGCUCACCGUGCGCAACGCUUUCAGGACACAGAAGCUCCAGCAGAUCUCGGUACUGGGCGAGUGGCUGUACCUGCCGCUGUGGAGCAACCAGUCGGUGUGGGCGGUGGCGCGGACGCGGCGCGGGCACGAGGCGCGGACGCUGCGGCUGCGUGCGCGGCCCACCGCUGUGCUCGCCUACCACCGGCAGCGGCAGCCGAUAACACCUCACCCGUGCUCCAAGAACAACGGCGGCUGCGCGCACCUGUGCGUCACGUCGUACGCGGGCGGCGAGCCCCGCGCGCUGUGCGCGUGUCGCCACGGCUUCCGGCUGGCGGGGCUCUCCCUCUGCGAACGCGUUGAGUUGGACAGCUACCUGGUGGUGGGGCGCGGGUCGCCGCCGCUGGUGUCGGCGCUGGCGCUGGAGCCGGCGCUGGGCGAGGCCGCGGUGCCCGCCAGCGACGCCGCGCGCCCCACCGCCGCCGAUGUCGACCUCGACCGCCAGUACCUCUACUACUGUGACGUGCACAGGUAUGAAAUCGUUCGUCAGAAGUUGGACGGAACCGGACGAGAAGUAUUUAUAUCAGAGGACGUGGACAACUGCGAAGGGCUGGCCAUCGACUGGAUGGGUCGCAACCUGUACUGGACGGACGACGCGCUGGGGCGGCUGAGCGUGGCGCGGCUGGACGCGCCCGCCGCGCGCCGCGUGCUGCUGCAGCGCCCGCACUUCAACCCUCGCGCCAUCGUCCUCGACCCCGCCAGAGGCGUGAUGUACUGGUCGGUGUGGGCGGGCGGCGCAGGCAGCGGCCGCAUCGAGAGCGGGCUCAUGGACGCGAGCGAGGCGCGCGUGCUGGCGGACGCUGACCUGCACUGGCCCAGCGGGCUGGCGCUGCACCGGCAGCAGCUCUACUGGUGCGACACUUACCUGAACAAGAUCGAGCGACUGGACUUAAUGUCGGGCAAGCGUGAACUGGUCCUGCAGAACUCACCGCACACGCCCGUGCUCAAACCUUACGGCCUCGCCGUCUAUGAAGGCGACGUGAUCUGGAGCGAGCACGGGUCGGGCGCGGUGCGGCGGUUGUCGCGCAGCAAUGUGACGACGCUGUAUGCGCUGCCGCCGCCGCUCUACGGCCUCAAGCUGGUCUCCGCCACGGCCAGGAAGGGUAGCAACCGCUGCUCGCACGACAACGGCGGCUGCGCGGAGCUGUGCCUGGCGCGCGGCGCGUCGCGCGCGUGCGCGUGCGCGGGCGCGCGCGUGCCCGAGCACGACGGCCGCGCGUGCGCGCCGCUGCGCGACGUCGCGCCCGCCGCGCGCUGCCAGCCCGGACACUUCUACUGCAGGCCGCUCAGGAUGUGUAUAGACGCGCAGUACCUGUGCGACGGCGACGAGGACUGCCCCGACGGCUCCGACGAGGACGCCGCGCCCGCGGGCCCCUGCGCGAACCGCACGUGCAGCGAACUGGAGAUGCAGUGUGACGUCAACCGCUGCAUCACGAGCAGCUGGGUGUGCGACGGGCUCAAAGACUGCCUGGACGGCACGGACGAGUCCCCGGAGGCGUGCGCGAGCGCAGCGUGCGCGGGCGACCAGUUCCUGUGCGAGGUCAGCAAGCGCUGCGUGCCCGCGGCCUGGCGCUGCGACGGCGGCCGCGACUGCGGCGCCGGCGACGACAGCGACGAGCGGGACUGCAAGAGCGCGGAGUGCGGCGCGAUGUUCUCGUGCGACAACGGCGCCUGCAUCCCGUGGGAGUACUUCUGCGACGGCGUCAGCGACUGCGGCGACACGUCGGACGAGCGCAACUGCCGGGCAGAGCCUGCCACAACCGCCAAACACAACUCACUAGCCAGCUCGGAGCGGCGCAAGCAAGAGCCCGACCACACGCUCUGCGAGGACCACGAGUUCCAGUGCGACAACCACGAGUGUAUACGAAUGGAGUUCCGUUGCGACCAGCAUGUGGACUGUUUCGACGGCUCGGACGAAGCAGGCUGUCCCCCGUCCCCCUCCCCCUCCCCCUCCCCCACCACCCCGGCCCCCGCCACUCCGGCGCCACCUAGCGAAGAGUGCCUGCCGCCCGCGCUGAAGUGCGACAACGGGACGCGGUGCGUGCCGCUGCUGCAGCUGUGUGACGAGAUACAGGACUGCGCCGAUGGCAGUGACGAGGCUGACCGAUGUGGCGAGCCGCAGUGCGCGGCGGCCGCGUGCUCACACGUGUGCCGGCCGUCGCCCGCUGGCGCCGUGUGCGCGUGCCCGCCGCCGCUGCUGCUGCAGCGCGACAACGUCACGUGCGGCGCGCACGCGUGCAGCGACUGGGGCGUGUGCAGCCAGUCCUGCACGCCCAUGAAGAACAAGUACAAGUGCUCCUGUUUCGAAGGGUUCAAGCUGGCGGACGAUGGAUUCACGUGCAAAAGUACGGCUGCUGCGACGCCUUUGUUGGUUUACAGCAACCGGCACGAGGUGCGCGCUGUGGAGCUGCCGUCGCUGACGUCGCGCGCGCUGGUGUCGUCUCUGAAGAACACCAUCGCGCUGGACUGGCUGCGGCAGGACGACGGCGGCGUGCAGCUGUUCUGGACCGACGUCGGCGACGACAAGAUAUACCGGGGCUCGUUGCAAGCUACCACUCUAAGCAACAUAGAAGUGGUUGUGGAGCAAGGCCUAUCGACAGCGGAGGGCCUGGCGGUGGACUGGGUGGCGGGCAACCUGUACUGGGUGGAAAGCAACCUGCACCAGAUCGAGGUGGCGCGGCUGGACGGCCGCCACCGCCGCACGCUGCUCGACGACCACAUCGACAACCCCCGCGCCAUAGCCGCCGACCCUGGACAGGGCUACCUGUUCUGGAGCGACUGGGAGAACUCUGCGCCUCGCAUCGAGCGCUGUUCGCUGGCGGGGCUCCGCCGCCGCACCGUGGCGCGCGUGGACCGACUCUCCGACGGCGCCUGGCCCAACGGCAUCGGCCUCGACCUGCUGGCGCGGCGGCUCUACUGGAUCGACGCCCGCUCCGACGCCAUUCACACCACGGACUACGACGGAGGGGACUACCGGGAAGUUUUGAGAGGUCACUCGGCGCUGUCGCACCCGUUCGCGAUCACCGUGUUCGAGUCGCACGUGUACUGGACGGACUGGCGCAGCAACAGCGUGGUGCGCGCCAACAAGUGGGACGGCAGCGACGUCACCGUCGUGCAGAGGACGCUCACGCAGCCCUUCGACAUCAAGGUGAUCCAUCCAUCUCGCCAGCCGCGCAGCGCCAGCAACCCCUGCGCGGUGAACAACGGCAACUGUUCCCAUCUCUGUCUGACCGACACGCCGACGCAGCGCGUGUGCGCGUGUCCGCACGUCAUGCGCCUCGCCGCCGACCAAGUCACCUGUGAAGCGCACGAGAAAGUGCUGCUGAUCGGGUCGACGGGCACGAUCCGCGGCGUGGACCUGUCCUCGCCGCGCGCGGCGCUGACGCCCACGCUGUCGGGCCCGCACGUGGCCGCGCCCGCCGCGCUGCGCCCGCUGCCCGCCGCCCGCGCCUUCUACUGGGCCGACGCGGCCGGCAACGAGAUCAGAAUGGCCGACUUGGCCGCCGGGAACCAUACGGUCAUUGCCGACAACGGGGUGGAGAACCCGCGCGGGUUCGCGGUGGACGCGGACGCGGGCGUGCUGUACUACAGCUCGGGCGGCGCGCUGGCGGCGGCGGCGCUGCGCGGGGAGUUCACCAGCGUCGUGCUGGACUCCGGCCUGCACAACCUCACCUCGCUCGCCGUAGACCCCACCAGGGGGCGACUGUACUGGGCCCUGUCGCCGAGUUCGGGCGCCCGGCUGGAGUCGGCGGCGUGCGACGGCAGCGACCGCAAGACGCUGCUCGACCGCAACUCCGAGCCCGAGCUCGACCAGAUCUCCAGUCUGACGGUGGACGUGGAGGGCGGCCGCCUGUACUGGGUCAACCUCGCCUCCUCCAUACAGUACCUCGACAUCGACACCGGGAAGGUCGUCACUUUACCCCUACCUGCGGGCGCGCGGCCGACGGCGCUGGACGUGCACGGCGGCGAGGUGGUGUGGGCCGACGCCGGCGCCGGCUGCGUGCGCGCCUGCGACAAGACGGACGGCAGUCGCGCGCGUCUGCUCAGGAACCAUACUGAGCACGUGCUGUCGCUGGCGGUGUACGACUCAUCGUCCGCGCCGGCGGCGGGCGCGCGGCCGCACGCGUGCGCGCUGCGCCGCGCGCCGUGCGCACAUCUGUGCGUGCCCGUGUCGCGCGUGGCCAGCCAGUGCCGCUGCGCCGCCGGCUACACCCGGCACCACAACGAAUGCAUUGCCAUGGACGAGCUGCUGGUGUACUCCCUGAGCUGGGAGGUGAUGGCGUCCUCCCUCGCGUCCCCCGAGCUCCCCUCGCGUCAGCUGCUGCCGCCCGUGGCGCAACUCGCCAACGCUGCGCUCGGGUAUAAAGCUGAGGGCGAGUGGCUGUACUGGGCGGACUCGGAGGCGGGGCGCGUGUGGCGCGCGCGACGCGACGGACGCGCGCGCGCGCUGCUCGUGCAGCAGCCGCCGCCGCCCGCCUCCGCCGCAGACUGGCUCGCCGGGCUGGCCAUAGACUGGGUGGCGGACAACAUGUACUGGUCGGACCCGCGCCGCAACCUGGUGGAGGUGGCGCGUCUGGACGGCAGCCACCGCUAUGUGCUGCUCGACACCUCGCCCUUGGCUGUUACCACGCUGGCGCUGGACGCGGCGGCGGGCUGGCUGUUCCUGUCGGGCGGCGGCUGGGUGCAGCGCGCGCGCGCCGACGGCUCGCGCCGGCUGCUGCUCUACAACGGCACCGGCGUCGCCGACAUCGCGCUCGACGUCGACAACAAGAUGGUGUACUGGGCAGACACUUGGGAGCCGGCAAUAUGGCGGAUGAGAUACGACGGCGGGGGGCGGGAGCGGCUGAGCGUGGGGGGAGGGGCGCGGAGGAUGAUCGCCGCGCUGACUGUCUAUAACGACACCAUAUACUGGCUCGAUACCGUGCCCGCUACGUACAGGAUGGCGGGGCGCGGCAGCGUGCUGGCGGCGCCGCUGGCCGCGCCCGCCGCAGCCGCCGUGCUGCGCGACGGGCUCGGCGACAGCUUGCGCGACGUCUUCGUCUGGUCCAGCCGGGCGCAGGACAGGAGCUCGAAGAACAUAGUAAACAAAUGCGGAGACAUGCGGGACGCGUGCGAGGGCCUGUGCCUGUUCGACGGCGAGCGCGCGCGCUGCGCGUGUCCGCACGGCGCGCUGGCGCGCAACGGCCGCAACUGCACGCCGUACGAGUCGUUCCUGAUGUACUCGCGCGUGACGAGCAUCGACAGCAUCCACCUCACGGACGAGACCGACCUCAACUCGCCCUACCCGCCCAUACAACACAAGGAGCUGAUGCGCAACGCGAUCAGCCUGGCGUACUGGUACGACGAGGCGCGGCUGUUCUACUCCGACAUCCAGCGCGGGGCCAUCGGCACCGUGUUCUUCAACGGCUCCAGCCAUCAGCCGCUUCUCAAGCAGGUGGGCGCGGUGGAAGGCAUGGUGUUCGACUCGUCGUCGGGCUGGCUGUACUGGACCAGCAACAGCCCGGCGGCGGUCAGAGGAGCCGACGUCAAGACAGCUCUCCGCGAGAGCAAGGAGGCUGUGCCGCGCACCAUACUGAGGCUGCCGAGAGGAGACCACGUCCGGGGGAUCGAUAUAGAUGUUUGUGAGAGCCGGCUGUACUGGACGAACUGGAACGAGUCGCACCCUUCCAUCCAGCGCGCGUACGCGAGCGGACUCGGGCUGCAGAGCGUGGUCACCACCGACAUCCUCAUGCCCAAUGGCCUGGCCCUGGACCAUCAGGCCAAGAAAAUCUAUUGGGCUGAUGCCAGACUGGAUAAGAUCGAGCGCUGUGACUACGACGGCUCACAUAGACAGAUCGUGACGCACUCGUCAGCGGAGCACCCGUUCGACGUGGCCGUGUUCGGCGACUGGGUGUUCUGGACGGACUGGAUCUCGCACGGCGUAUUCCGCGCCGACAAGCGCGCCGGCGACGUCGCGCAGCUGCGGCGCGACGUCGCGCGGCCCAUGGCCAUCGUCGCGGUGGCCGCGCAGCACCAGAUCUGCUCCCCGGACCCGUGCGCGGCGCAGAACGGCGGCUGCGCGGAGCUGUGUCGCGCAGACGCGGCCGGGCGCGCCGCGUGCGCGUGCGCAGCGGGCCGCGUGCUGGCGCCCGACGCGCGCGCCUGCGUGCCGCCAGACUCUAGGUGUGCAGACGGCCAGUUCGCAUGCGCGGAGGGCCCCUGCGUCCCCGAGGAGCUGGUGUGCGACGGCGUGCCGCACUGCUCCGACUCCUCGAGCGCCAGCGACGAGGACCUUUACUAUUGCACGUCGCGCUCGUGCCCGGUAGACAUGCUGCGGUGCGGCGCGGGCGGGCGCUGCGUGCGCGCGGGCGCCGUGUGCGACGGCCGCGCGGACUGCGACGACGCAGCCGAUGAGGCGGGCUGCGACUGCCCGCCCGGACGCUACCGUUGCGACGACGGCGCAUGCGUGGACGUGUCCGCGCGCUGCGACGGCGUGCAGCAGUGCGCGGACGCGAGCGACGAGCGCGGCUGUGCGCGCGGCGCAUGCGCUGAGCUGGGACCAGCCGCGCGCGCAUGCGCAGACGGCCGCGGCUGCUUCCUGCCCGCCUGGCGCUGCGACGCGCAUCCAGACUGCGCCGACGGGAGCGACGAGGACGGCUGCGACUUCAAGCGCACUGACUCCAGCACGGAAGAAGUCCCGUCCGGCUGCGCGUCAGACCAGUUCACGUGCAGCGCCGACCCUCUGGAGUGCGUCCCGCUGUCGUGGCUGUGCGACGGCCGCGCCGACUGCAGCGGCGGCCAGGACGAGACCACGCAUUGUCGCCACACCAACACCACCUGCGCGGCCACGCAGUUCGCGUGCGGCGAGAGCGGCGCGUGCGUGCCGCUGGAGGCGCGCUGUGACGGCGCCGCCGACUGCGCGCGCGGCGAGGACGAGCGCGGCUGCGCGUGCGACGGCUUCCGCUGCUUGCACGACUACAAGUGCAUCCGAACGAAUCUGUACUGCGACGGGGACGCGGACUGCCCGGACGGGUCGGACGAGCCCCCGGGCUGCAGCCCCCUGUCGCCCGCCUCCGCCCCCGCCCCCGCAGACUCCGCCCCCGGGCCCUGCGCCGCCGCCGGCCCCGGCACCCUCUACUGCAGCGGACGAUGUCUGCCCGCCAACCUAGUGUGCGACGGCAGGGACCAUUGUGAAGAUGAUGGCGGAGGAGGAGCGGGCACGGACGAGGACCCGGUGAUGUGCAGCUCGUACUUGGCAGCGUUCGGCGACUUCGAGCACCGCGUGGCGGCCGGCGCCGAGCGCAGCGCGUGCGGCGGCGGCGGCUGGCGCUGCCGCGGCGGCGCCUGCGUGCCGCGCGCGCGGCUCUGCGACGGCGUCGACGACUGCGGGGACUUCAGCGACGAGACUCGAUGCAACGUAAACGAAUGCCUCACUAACAACGGUGGCUGCGCGCACAACUGCACGGACCUGGUCGUCGGCCACGCGUGCUGGUGCCGAGUAGGCUGGCGGUUGCGCGACGACGCUUGCGCUGACGUGGACGAGUGCGACGAGGACGCGCCCUGCGACCAGCGUUGCAGGAAUACGAUGGGUAGUUUCGUGUGCUCCUGUAUCGAAGGCUACAGGCUUAUGGAGGACGGCGUCAAUUGCGCGCCUAUUGAUGCGGUCCGCUCGUCGCUGCUGUUCACGAACCGCUACUACAUCCGGCGCACGUGGCUGGGGCCCCCGCCCUCCACGUCGCUGCUGGUGCGCAACCUCACCAACGCCGUGGCGCUGGACAUGGACUGGGCAGGCGGCUGUCUGUACUGGAGCGACGUCACCCGGCUCGGCAGCUCCAUCAAGCGCUGGUGCCGGCUGCAGGACCACGCGGAAGAGGCUGAUGAUUCGCACGAGUUGCUGCACGGCGCCACGCUGCAGAACCCGGACGGGCUGGGCGUGGACUGGGUGGGCGGCAACCUGUACUGGUGCGACAAGGGCUCGGACACCAUCUCAGUGUCGCGGCUGGACGGCGGCCGGCGGCGGCUGCUGCUGCGCGGCGGUCUGCGUGAGCCUCGCGCGCUCGCGCUGCACGUGCACAGGGGGACGCUAUACUGGUCGGACUGGGGCUCGGAGGCGCACAUCGGUCGCGCGGGCAUGGACGGCAGCGGCCGCAGCGUCCUCGUCCGCGAGGGGCUGGGCUGGCCCAACGCGCUCACGGUGUCGCACGCCUCCAACGAGCUGUACUUCGCGGACGCCCGCGAGGACUACAUCGCCGUGCUCACGCUGGGCCGGGAGCCGCCUGACGUCAGGGUGCUGUUCCAUCGAGAGAGUCAGCCAUGGCUGCGACUGCACCACGUGUUCGCGCUGGCGGUGUGGGCGGGCCGCGUGUACUGGUCCGACUGGGAGACGCGCGCGGUGGAGUCCUGCUUGCGGCGGCCCAUACGCCAUUACAAGGACACCAACUCGUCGCUGUCGGAGUCAGGCGGCGCAUACUCGUGCCGCACGCUGGUGCACGCGGUGCACAAGCCCAUGGACCUGCGUGUGGCGCACCCCGCGCGCCAGCCCCCCGUGCCUGAACUAUCGGAGCAGUGCGCACGCCUCAACUGCACAGGGCUCUGCCUACUGUCCCCGGGCCUGGGCCCCGACGUGACCACCACGGAGCAGUCUCUGUACCACGACGACAGCCAAGGGCCCGCUGUCGUUGCGCACGCGAUCUGCGCAUGUCCUGAGCACUUCGUGUUGGAGGAGGACGGCAGAACCUGCACCCCGAACUGUACUAGUGCUCAUUUCAUAUGCAAUACCACGUUGAAGUGCAUCCCGUUUUGGUGGAAAUGUGAUACGCAGGACGACUGCGGCGACGGGUCGGACGAGCCCCCCUCGUGCCCCCCCUUCCGCUGCCGCCCCGGGGAGUUCCAGUGCGGCGCGCAGUGCGUGCACCCCUCCCACAUCUGCGACGGCGUCGCGCAGUGCGCGGCCGCUGAAGACGAGAAGGACUGCGACACGUUCACCUGCCUGUCGACCCAGUACAAGUGUCGCGGAAACUCUAGCGCCGGCGUCACCGCGCGCUGUGUCCCGCAGCAGGCGCGCUGCAACGGGACGCGGGACUGCCACGACGGGGACGACGAGGACGGCUGCCCGCCGGUCACGUGUCCCGCUUUACAUUUCACGUGCGGCGACGGGUCGUGCGUGCCGCUGGUGUGGGUGUGCGACACGGACGCAGACUGCGCAGACGGCGCGGACGAGGGCGCAGUGUGCGCAGCGCGCGCAUGCGCAGCACACGAGUUCCGCUGCGGCUCCGGGCGCUGCAUCCCGCGCGAGUGGCUGUGCGACGCGGAGCCCGACUGUCCGGGCCGCGAGGACGAGCGCGACUGCGGCGCCCGGGCUAGGAAGCCUUGCGACCCCACAUACUUUAGAUGUCCUGACGAUAAAUGCAUUCCUGGUCGCUGGCGCUGCGACUUCGAGGACGACUGCGGCGACGGCGCGGACGAGCUCAGCUGCACGCCGCGGAACUGCUCCGAGACUGAGUUCCGCUGCGCCAACGGGGAGUGCAUCCGGGGGGCGCUCAGGUGUUCUGGAGUGGCGGAGUGUGCGGACGGCAGCGACGAGCGCGGCUGCGAGGAGAAGUGCACUGACGGCGCCAGGCGCUGCCAACACACCAGACAAUGCGUGCUGAAGGAGUGGUGGUGCGACAGCGAGGUGGACUGCGGCGACGGCUCCGACGAGCAGGACUGCGACAACUCCACCGCCAGCGCUGCAGGCCCGUCAGAUCACUCGCCGGAUUCAUUCUGCGGCGCGCGCAUGCGCUGCGGUCGCAGCGGGUGUGCGCCGCUGGCCUGGCGCUGCGACGGACGCAGCGACUGCGGGCACGACGAACGCGACUGCGAGGCCUCGCCCUGUCCGCCGCGCACCUCGCGCUGCGCAGACGGCAGCUGCGUGCCCGACACGCUGCUGUGCGACGGCGUGCGGGACUGCGGGGCGCAGCUGGCUGGCUCCGACGAGGACCCGCAGAUAUGCACUUGCGCAGCGCACGAGACCACGUGUCCUGACGGCCGCUGCGUGGCGUCCACUGAAGAGUGCACGCCCGUCUACGCAGAGGAAAAGGGUCCGUGUUCGUGGAAGACCUGCUCCCAGGUCUGCCUGCCCAAACACAGGAACCACACCUGCAAAUGUGUGCCCGGAUACAAGCAGCGUUUGUUGCCAGACGGCAGUCUCACCUGUGAAGCCACGGGAGAGAAGCCCCAGCUGCUGGUGGCGCUCAGCGGCGCCCUGGUGUUCUGGGAGAUGCACAAGCGACAACAGGAGAACAACGCCACCACAGCGCUCACCAACACCUCAGCGGAGAUAAACUGCAUAACGUCCCUGUACAUGGAGGACGCGUGGACGGUGUGGUGGGGCGACGCGCGCGGCGUGCUGCGGCGCGCGCGCGCGCUCGCGUCCGCGUCCGCGCAGAUAGACGUGCUGGUGGAGCACGGGUCCGUGGGCGUGCGCGGAGUGGCCGUGGACGCGGCGGCGCGGCGCCUCUACUGGACCGCGCAGCUGCCUUCGGGCGGAGGCGCGGUGUACUGCGCGGCGCUGGACGGCCGCCGCCGCGUCACGCUGCACUCGGCCGACGCCGCCGAGCCCGACGACAUCGUGUUCCACAACCAGAGUAGGACCAUCUACUGGUCCGACCGGGGCGCUACUCCCGGCAUCAUGAGGGCCAGCGCCGACGGCAGCGACGCCAAGUGGCUGGUGCAGAGGAGAGUGAGGAGACCCACUGCUUUGGCUAUAUUCUCGCCGCAGAACAGACUAUACUUCGUGGACGCGUACUUGGAGACGCUGGAGAGCGUGCUGCUGGACGGGACGGGGCGCGUGAAGCUGGCGGACUUCGCGUCGCACAGCGUCGCUCAGCCCGGCGUCUCGCCGCUGUGGCUGCGGCCCUGCAACAGGAUGGCGGUGCACGAGGACUGGAUCUGGUGCGCCACAGCCAGAGGUCUGUCGGUGGUGUCGCGGCGGCCGCCGCUCCGGCCGCCGCCGCGCGACUGGGAGCGCGCGCACGUGUCCGCGCUAGCGCUGCUGCAGCGCCCGCUCGCCGACCACUACGAGUGGGACCCGUGCGCCGGCAGCAACGGGUCGCGGUGCCACAGCAGCGCGCUGUGUGUGCGCAGCGCGCGCGCGGUGGUCGCGUGCCUGUGUCCCGACGGGCUGCUGCCCACCACGGACACGCCGGACGAGCACCGCGAGUGCGUGAUAUCCCGCAACAGCUGGGGCUCGUUGUUGCCGCGGCCGGAGGCGGGCGCGGACGCAUGCGCGGGCGGCUGCGGGCCCGGCCGCUGCGGCGCCGGCGGCUGCGAGUGCCCGCCGCUGUACGCCGGCCGCCAGUGCGAGCGCUACCGCUGCGCCGCGCACUGUCUGCACAGGGGCAGGUGCGUGCUGGACGGACAGGGCUCGAAGGACACCACGGACAACAUACCGCUCAAGUGCAUCUGCCCGAGCGGCUACACGGGCGCGCGAUGUGAGACGCCGCUGACCACCACGGCGCGGCCCGGCGGCGGCGGCGGGGGCGGGGGCGGGGGCGGCGGCGGGGGCGGGGCCAGCCUUCUGUGCGCCGCGGUACGCUGCGAGAACGGCGGCCGGUGUCGCGUCGGCAUCUGCGAUUGCGCUGAGGGGUACCAUGGUCGCCGCUGCGAACAGUGCGCGGGCGCAGCGCCGUGCGGCGCAGGCGCGGUGUGCGUGCGCGACGCCGGCCGCACCAGCUGCGUGCACGCGCUGUGCAUCAACUACUGCUACAACCAGGGCACGUGCUACGUGUCCAACGCGACAGUGCCGGGCGUCCACAGCGCGGCGCGGUGUGUCUGCCGCAAGGGGUGGGCGGGGGAGAGGUGCCAGAGCGCCGCGUGCGAGGACGAGGACUGCCGCGCUGCUCCUGCUGCAGACGUAGAAAGCCAGCAAUGCACCGAGUCGGAGUGCGACAACGGCGGGUCGUGUUCGUCCGGCGCGUGCCGCUGCUUGUCGCCGUGGGGCGGCGCGCGCUGCGGCCACUACGUGGGCCACGACCACGCCUGUCUGCAGCUCCACUGCGCGCCGCCCGCCUUCUGCGCCUGGAGGCCUAACCUGUGUCUUCCGCUCACCGCAGCCAGCUCACCGCAGUCACCGGGCGCGGUGUACUGCCGGACGGCGCCCGCGGACGAGGGCGCGGGCGCGGCGCACGCGUGGGCGGCGGCGGGCGCGGCGCUGGCGCUGGCGGCGCUGGCGCUGGCUGCGCUGCGCCGCGCGCGCUCGCGUCGCUCGUUCGCGCACGAGCGACUCGCCGACAACGUGGAGAUCUCCAACCCCAUGUACCUGGCCGGCGAGGACGAGCCCGAGCCGCGACCGCCCUCCAUCACGCAUUCGAACGGCGGCAACCACUUCGCGAACCCCGUGUACGAGAGCAUGUACAACCCGCAGCAGAGCGCGCCCGCAGAGUGCCAGGAGCGCGCCAACUUGCUGGCGAGCGGCGCGGGCUCGCCAGCGCCGGCCGAGCGCGCGGCGCUGCUGUGAGCGCUGCGGCUGUGGCGCCCUGUGAGCCCUACUCUGACCAGCGGCCGCACUUGCCUUGUCAUCUUGGUUUAACUUUAGUUCGUAGCCUAUUUAUAUUUUUAAUUUUGACGGAUUUCCAGUUGGGUUUUUGGACUAAGCAUUGUGAUUAAUUUAACUGAUUUAAACAAAACAGUAAUCGAGUGCACUAAAUAAAUAUUCCAUUUUACACUUUAUUAUACUGCAAGUUUUAAUAUCUAUGUAUUUUUUUCUCAACUAUUUAAUUUUCUAAAUAUUUUACGUACUAUAUUUUCCGCUUUACUAUAAUUUACGUUUCUGUUGAAAAAUAUUUUAAUCACAAAAUGCAAAGUCCUGUAUCCUUCAUGAGUCGCAAUACUUGCUACUUUAAUAAGCAAUAUUGUUGUCAGUACAUUGAUUUACAGGUUAGUGACAUAUUUUUAUAACAAUGUAAUGUACGCGAUGAUGAAUCUCUGAUUUUUGUACAUAUCUUGUGAUGAUCUGAACAUUAGUAUAUAAUUAUUUACUUAAUUUUACCUAAGUGUCAGACUCCGCGCCAUGAAAGUAGUCCCGCGGCAGUAAAUGUGCGGGACUAUCAAUAAUAUUGGCCACGUUAUUGUCGGCGACUGUGGCACCAUCUACGUGGCGCGGUCUCUAGUUGUCGAAUAUGUAAGGACUCGAAAUUGUUAUUAUAAUCCUAAAUGCUCAAAUCACAACCUUGUGCCAUAUUAAGCGAAAGUAUUUUUAAAUUUAUUGGAUUUUUAAAGUUCCUGGCAUAUAUCUUAAGUUAAAACUAAAUAAUGCAUAUAUAAUAAAAAAAAUAUUGUGAUGAUUUUUUAACGCCGUGAUGUGUACAUAUUUUUGUUAUUUUUCAUUACUAAAAUGCGCUAACAAAACAAGUUAACAUAUCUAUGAAAGAAAACUCACUUCUUACUGUAAUUUGAUAAAAGAAACACAUGUGUAAACAUUUUUAUGAACUUUCAAGAUUGCCAUAGGUUAUAAAUUUAUUUUCCCAAUUCUUUUUAUGAAUUAUAUAUUACUGUUCCGCAAUUUUCGGUCAGGUCUUGCAUUUAUUUUAUAGCAACAACAAUAUGUGGUAAAUAAUACAACUUCGCUUUGAACAACGCCGCGGGCGCAAUGAGACUGAAUAAGACUUUAUUUUUUUGCAAUUUGGUGGUGGAUGCACUUUCUACCCGCAUUGAUAUAAAGUUAUUUGUAACAAAUGUGUGUUGUGUGAACCUAAAUUGAUAAAUAAAGAAGUAUGUCCACACCGUGCGUGGGCGGCUCGCGGGCACUUGCAAUAUACACCCAGAGUAGCUGCUGACAUUCUGCUUUUUGUUGAUCUCCCGUUUUGAUUUACACGUAAUAUAGGACGAUUUUGAGAAUAUCGAAUGAUUGCAGCAAAUAACAAAAAAAAAAACAACAUUACAGAGAAAAAUGUAGCCACCAUAGUUAUUAUAACGAUAUUUUUUACAAAAUCGUCAUGUAAUAAGCUCAAUUUUAAAAAAAGGCAUAUUUAACAAAUUACUUUUGCUGUUAUAAAAUUAAGUCUAGCAACGAUGGUUCGUAAAGUCUCGCUACCAUUCUAACAUUUGUAAUCUAGUAGUUAAGUUUUACCAUUAUAUUUUUGUAAAGACGAUUCCUAUCCAAAAGUAAUGAGUAUUAGUCGUAUGUCGUGUUCCUUAGACAAUAAUUAUUGGAUGAAAAUAGUGAAUCUCUUUCGAAUCCCAAAAUUAUACAAUCUCGUCGUCAAAAAUGCUUUAUUUUCAUAAAAAAUAAUAAUUUAUUAGAGAGGACACAGGGUGGAUAUAACUUUGCAUUUAUUCCAAUUUUAAUCUUAAUACAAUUAAUUACUUAAAACUGUACAUAUCUGUUACAUUGAAAAUGUGGAAUUGUAGUACAUCGAGAUCUUAUUACGUGUUUUUUAAAAUUAAGUUUUCCAACAAAUAAAGUUGUCCAGAUCAAAUAUUGUUAUAAGAAAAGGCCAAAUUAAUUGAAAUUAGUGAGUUAGCCUGCAAUUUUGUUGGUUUAAUGCAUUUUCGUGCGAGUCCUGCUCGUAAUUGAUACCCUCAAUUUUAUGGCCAAAUGGCUUUAUUUUAUUUCUGCGGUUUGUUUAUGGUCCAUUUAUAAAGCUAAUGUGAAGAAAAUAGUAUAAUAAUAAAAACAAUGCUUUGACAUCAAUUCUCCAUGGUACAGACACGUGCGUGACGGCCUACAACCCAAAUAGAUUUACAUAAUGUAGAAAAUUUUAACUUUUAAUAAAUAUUUGACAUAAUAUCUGAAUGUGAGGAAUCAAAUAGCUUUAAGAAUAAUAAACUGUGACGUAAUAUUUACAUGUAGAUUAAGACUGUCUUGAAAUAAAUGAAUUGUGAAAAUGAAAA